AUGUUUAAUAAUAAUGGCAGACAUAAUGAAAAUUACAGUAGGGACAGAAGAAAUAAUUCAUCAGAUAGUGAAGAUGAAAAUAUAGAAAAUAGACGAAUAAAUAAUUAUAGCAAUUAUAAUAAUUUUAAUAAAUUUCAUGAACAAAAUAUGAAUCCAUGUAAAAUUGAUGAAAUAUAUGUUGAUGAUACAUAUGAUCAAAAUAAUAUACCAAAACAUAAUAGUAAUCAUAUAAGAAAUGUAAGUAAUGCAAGUAGUAUUAGCAAUACUAGUAAUGUAACAACAAACCAUAGUACUAGCCAUGAUGAUAGAGAUGAUCUUGAAGAACGACAUAGAUAUAUUGAAAAUAAUCAAAAUAUUUUUUUACAAAGAAAACGAACGGAAAAUAAUUUUGAAAUAAAUAAAGAUAUAAAUUUUAAUGAAUCUUAUUCUUAUAAAAAUUUAAGAGGUGUAGUAGAUAAUGAAAUAGAAUUAGUUGUCGACAAUUUUUUUGAUAAAAUUGAAAGUAAUGAUGAGAUAUAUUCAGAAUGGAAAAUAUGUCCAAAUUUUAUUUUUAGAAUAUUAUUUAUUCCAAAAACUAGAUCAAAUAAUUUUAUGUACCCAGUGGCAUCAGCAUUUAUUGAAGCAAUGCCAAAAGAUGAUUGGACUAGUGAUUGGGGUUUUAGUAAUGUACAAUAUUAUAUUAUAUUAAUUAAUCAAGCAGAUUAUAGACAAUCAUAUUAUAAAGUUGAUAAUUUUAAUUUUUCUCAUAUAAAUACAGAUCGAGGUUGGCAUAACUUCGUUCCAUUUGAAAAGAUAAGAGAACCCGGAUUUAUAAAUAAAAAAGGGGAAAUUAUUUUAAGAGCUGGUGUAUUUCCAUUUGGUUCUGAAUCCUAUAAAAAUAGUAGAGACAUUAAUUAUAAUAGUAAAAUACGAACCGGAUUUGUUGGACUAAAGAAUCAUGGAGCUACAUGCUAUAUGAAUGCUUUAUUACAACUUUUAUAUCAUAUCAAUAUUUUUCGUAAAUCUGUUUGUAUGAUGAUAUUUAAUAUUGAAAAUAUUAUCGGAAGUAAAACUCUUGAAUUUUUUAAAAAUAAAUUAGAAAAAAAAAAAAAAAAAAAACAAAGAAAUCCAACCAAACAUAUGAUAGAAAUUGAUAAAAAAUAUAAAAAUAAAGAUAUGAAUUUUGAAAAAACAGAUAAAACAUCUUUAAAAAGAGAAAAUCUUAAAGCAUAUCAAGCAUGGAAACAUCGAAAAAAAAAAAUUAAAAAAAAAUAUGAUGAAAACAUAAAAAGUGAUGAAAAUAAUCAAACCUCUUCAUGUGCAUCUGAUAGUAAUAUCAAAAAUGAAAGGGAUAUAUCUAUAAAUAGUGUACCAACUGAUAUUUUCCUUCCAACAACAAACCAAGUCAAUAAUAAUACCAAUGAAAAUGAACAAACUAUACAAUUUACUGAUAUUAAAAAUGAUAACCUUCAUGGGAAAGACAAUUCAAGACAUAGUACUAACGAAGAAGGAACUGAAAAUAAACAUACUCAUGAUUAUUUGGUAGCUAAAAAUAUGAACUACAUAAAUAAUGAUAUUUCAAAUGGCUUAAAUCCUGAGUCGGUUUUAAAAAAUAAAAAAAAAAUUCUUAAAUAUUCAAAUGAGGAAGAAGAAAAUAAUGGUUCUGAAAAUGAAUCCAUGUCAGUUUCUCACAUCUGUUCUUCUGAUAAUUUAUCAAACAAAUGUAAUCCAACAAAAGCUAAAAAUAAAAAUAUAUACAAAAUAAAUAGUCAUGAAAAUAAUAAAAAAGAAAAUUAUAGUUCUAUGCAUAAUUCAAAUGAAGAUAAAAACCCUCAUCUUGAUAAUGAACAAGUCAAAAUAUCAAGUGGGGAUGGGUCUGACGAGAACACAGUCGACAAUGCUAGCGAUCAAAGUGAUGUACAAAAUGGUAAAGAAAAUAAAAUUAGAAAACGAAAUAAUUUAAUAAAAAAUAGUGAAGAAAAUCAAGAAAAUUAUUAUGAUAUUAGUAGUUAUGAAGAUAGUGAUUCUGAUGAAAAAUUGUCAGCUCUUUCAAUUGCAUCAUCAGAUGCAACAUCUUAUGCCAGUUGUUCUGAAUCUUCAGCAUCAUGUUGUUAUAAAAGAAAAAAAAGAAAAAAGAGAACUGGAAGUACAAAUGUUGAUGGAAACUAUUAUGAAUAUAAUUAUGAAAAUGAUCGAACUAAAGAAAUAGAUUAUAAAAAUAUAUUGAUAGAAGAAGAAAAUGAAAAAAAAAAUAUUUUACCAACAUCUUUAGCUCUUCAAAAUUUAUUUUAUAAACUCCAUACACAAAAUGAAGCAGUAUCUUGUAAAGAAUUGAUUCGAUCUUUUGGAUGGAAUGCUAGUGAUGUUUUUACUCAACAAGAUACACAUGAAUUAUUAAAGUUGUUGUUAGAUAAAGUAGAAGAACAAAUGAAAGGAACAGUAGUUGAAGGUUCUGUUAAAAAGAUGUUUGAAGGGGAAGUAGAAACAUAUAUAGAAUGUAUAGAUAUAGAUUAUAAAAGUGUAAGAAAAGAAACAUAUGAAGAUAUACAGUUAGAUGUACAAGGGUGUAAUAACAUCUAUGAAUCAUUAGAUAAAGCAGUAGAAGCAGAAAUCUUAGAAGGUGAUAAUAUAUAUGAGACUGAUGGAUAUGGUAUGCAAAGAGCUAAAAAAGGAAUGAGAUUUUUAAACUUUCCAAAUAUUUGUAUAUUUUUAUUAAAACGAUUUACAUUUGAUUUAAAUAAAAUGGAAACAGUCAAAUUAAAUAAUAAAUUUGAAUUUUAUAAAGAAUUAGAUCUAUCAAAAUAUUGUAAAGAUAGUGAACCGAAAUAUAUUUUACAAGCAGUUUCAGUACAUCAAGGAAACAUGAAUAGUGGGCAUUACUAUUCCUUUAGUUACAAACAUGAUGAAAAAUUUUGGCUUAAAUGUGAUGACGAUAAAAUAUAUAGAGUUAGCGAGCAUUCAGUAAUUAAUGAUAACUUUGGAGGAUAUGAUAUAGAAAUUGAAAAUAACAUGUAUAAUUUUGAUAUAUGUGAUAGGAUUAAACAAAGAAUGAAAAAUUAUAGUGCCUAUAUGUUAGUAUAUGUUAAAAAAUCUUUAAUACCUAAAUUAAUAAAAGAAUGUGAUCCUGCUAUUGUUAAUCCUCAAGUUGUCAGACGAUGUAAACUUGAAGAAAUAAUUAAUAAAAAACGUACUAAAUUAAAACAAGAUAUCUUACAAUAUAUUAAAAUUAAAGUAUAUGAUAAAUAUAGUUAUAUUUAUAAAUCCUUUUCAGGAUUACCAUCAAAUAAUAUACCAUCAUUAUUCAGUACUAAAUUUAAUAAAAAUAAAACACUUUCAGAUAUAUUUUUUCAAAUUUUAAAAAUAAUUAAAAAUAUUUAUACUAGAAAAAAAAACAAACAAUUAAUGCAUCACUCUAAAUGUCAUCAUAAAUCAAACAAAAAACAAAAAAUUACAUCAUCUAACAAUUUGAACUCAAUGGAUAAUAACUUGACUUAUCAAAAUAAACAAACAUUGAUCAACAAUCCAAAUUAUCCCAUGUUUGUAUCACCAGAAAUGAAUACUACAGAUUUAUCGAAUUCACUAAACUGUCAAAUGUCUAACAAUACUAUAAAUAGUAAUAAUAAGACUCAUAUAAAAAUGGAACAACUUGAUGAAAAAAGAUAUAACAAUGGUAAUUGUAAUGAUAGUAAUUUUGCUAAUAAUAGAACUACUGAUUUAAUGAUGAAAACGCAUUUCUCUAAAAUUGGAAAUAUUCAAACAAAAGAAGAAUUUGAUCAUAUUAUUGAAAAUGUAAAUAACCAAUCAGAUACAAGUUUAUCUACUAAUUCUUCUGUUCCUUCUGGAUGUACUACAACUACUUUAGAUAAUUAUAUUAAAUAUAUUUCUAAAAAACAAAAAUUUGAAACUGAUAAGAGAUCAUCAAAAAAUAACAGGAUUAAACAUAAAAAAAAAACAAAAAAAAAAAAAAAAAUUAAAAAACAAAAUGAUAAAAUAACAAAAAGACCUAAAAAAGAAAAACAUAUACAAAAUCCAUCUUCUUCACAUUAUUCACGAUUUAGAUCUAAUUCAUCUUAUGAUUCCGAAGAUACUGCAUCUAAUUCAUUUGCAUCUAAUGAUUCAUCACAUAUUUCUAAUUCUGAUCAUUUUUCAGAUUCAGGAAAUACAUCAACAAAUAGUGCAUCUAACACUAGUACUACAUCACAUUCCGCUUCUUCGUCUUCCUCCUCCUCCUCUUCUUUUACUUCAACUUCUUCAUCCUCACAAUUUACUUCCUACUGUUAUCCAAACAAGAGAAACUGUUUUUUUGUUUUACUUCCUGUUAAUGACACAUAUAGAUAUCUUCCCCUCGAUCUCAAAAAUAAUGGAAAAUUAUAUUUAUAUGAAUUACUUAAAAAGACAAGCAGAGAAUCAAAUGAUUUAUUCCCAACAAUCGAUAUACUAUACCUUCCUUACAAUAAACGAACUACUGUUUCAGGUUCUGGGGGUUCUAAAAAUAAAAAUAUAUUACUUUUUUUAAAAUAUUUUGAUAUAUAUAAUGAAGAAAAAAUUAAUGAUUCAUCGUUAGUCUGUUUAGAUGUUAUGCAUUGUAACAUAAAUUUAAAAUCAAAACAUUUAGAAACAAGAAUGAUAAAUAAAGUAUUAAAAGCAAUGGAUAAAAAUUUUAUUGUCAAAAAUAAUUAUAACACCUUAAAGGAGUACAUACAAAAUAUUAAUAAUAAUGAUAUAUAUUCAGAUGAAUCACCAAAUUUUAAAAUAUUUGUUGAAUAUAAAAAUAAAUGCAAUUUAAUAAAACAAAAAAAAAGUAUUGCACAUAAUAAAAUUAUUACUAGUGAUCUACUAAUAUUUAACUUUAUAAGUAAUAACGAUCUAGAAAAAAAAAAAAAAAUUAUUCUAUCUUUAGGUAAUAAGAAACAAGAUCUAUAUAUUACUAAAGAAAAUAUAUCAUCUUAUGAUCUAUUUUUAAAUGCAAAUGUAUUAAAUAAAAUUUUAUAUAGAAUAAGUAAACUAAUUAAUCAAACUUCAUUAAAUUUACAUUAUAUAAUAUGCAAUAGAAAUGGAAUAUUUUACAAAAUUAAUGAUGACCAAAAUAAUAUUUCACUAACUAACCAAGACACAAAACAAGAAACUCAAUUGGAAUCUAAUUCUAAUAAUUUAUUCCAAGAUAUAAACACCAACUAUUUUGACAAAAUAAAUGAAAAUGUAGAAAAUGAAAAUGUAAAAAAUACAAGUGAAAAUAUGCUAUAUCAAAAUUCGAUGCAAUUUAAAAAAACAUCAGAAAAUAAUAAACCUACACAAAAUCACAACAUAAACAAUUUUAAUAUAUUAGACAAUAAUAAUGAUAAUUUAAAUGAUAACGAAAUAAAUAGUUUAUAUUUGUGUUUAAAAAAAUACAGUAAAAAUUCUGAACAAAAUAAUAUUUUUUAUGAAUAUAGCUUGAUUGAUCAGAAUUUAGCUGAUAAAUUAAAUCAAAUUAUAAUUAAUAAUAAUCAACAUAUUUUAAAAGAAAAAAAAAAAUAUACUAUUAUUAAUUCUGAAGCUAUUUUACACAAUACUCAAAAUUUGUUUUCUAUAGAAUCAAAAAAUAUUUGUCGUGAUUAUCAAUAUCCAUUUUAUUCACCAAACUCAUCUGAUUUAUCAUCUGAUGAAUUUGAUACAGCUAACUGUAAUAAUAAAAUGGCUAGCUAUUCUGAAAAUAAUUUAAAAAAAAAAAAAAAAAAAAAAAAAAAUAGAAAUAGUAAACAAAAUAGUCCAAAAUUUACUACUGAUGAAGCAUGCCAACAUCUAAAUAAUAUAAAUUAUUCUGAUUCAAAUUUAACUAUUCCUAAGGUUGAGAGAAAUAUUUUAAAUACUGCCAAUUUGGGUUCUCAUACAAUAAAAAAAGCUCAUUGUUAUUAUUACAAUUCUAGAAAAAAUGAUGUCAUAAAUGAUUCAUUAGAAACUUUAAAUGAAUCUAAUAUUACUACAACAUUAAUGUCAAAUGAAAAUGCUACAUCUAACGAAUUAAUAGAUGUAAAUUAUUCAGAUAUUUCUUCUCGUUCUUCUGCCAACUCUGUUUUAACUUACACAUCUGAAAGUACAGAUUAUUAUCUAGAUAAUGUUGAAGAAGAAUUAGAAGAAUCUGUUUAUACUAGCCAAAUUUAUGAUCACAAAAAAGAAGCAAAACGGGUUCGAAGGAACACCAAAAAAAACAUCAAAAAUUUUACUAAUAUAAAAACUCAAGAUGAAGAAUACAAAAUUACAACAGACGAACAAUUAUAUGAAAAAAAUAUCAAUCAAAAUGGUGAAUACACACAUAAUAAUCUUUAUAAUAAUGCAGAACCAAAAAAUGAUUCUAUAUAUAAUAUGGAAUCACAGCUAGCUAAUACUCAUUAUGAAAAGAAUAUACAAAUUAAAACCAUAGAUAAUAUAUCCAAAAUAAAUGAACAGAUUGGUGACCCAAAUAAUAUAGGUAUAAAUUCAAUUCCUAGCAAUACUACAUUACACAUAGAUCCAGAUUCUAUGAAGGAUAGAAUCCAUUCUUAUAAUAAUGCUAUACUAGAAAUGAAAAAUUGCAACAAUGAUACAAAUGAAAAUGAUAAACCUACUACUCCACAUAUUGACAUUGAUCAAAAUUUUAAAAAUAAUAAUAUUAGUAAGAAGGCAAACGGAAUUAUUAAAAAAUGUGGAGGUAUACCAAGUAAAGAAGAACCCAUUUUACCUUUUUAUGUUAUAUGUGAUUAUCUAGAUUUUGUUGAAAGAAAAAUGUAUGUCAAUAGAUUCAGAUUUAAAUUAUAUGAUCCUAUAUAUCAAUUAGGAAAAUAUCGAAAUUGUUCAGGUGUUAUAUUAAAAAGUGAUUUAAAAAAAAGCUGUUUAAAUUAUAUUGAUUCACAUUUUUUAUUUUUAAAAAAAGAAUUAUGUAAAAUAGAUUUAGAUAUAGAUAUUAGAUGCCCAACAAAACAAAUAUUUAAACAUGUAUGCUAUAAAAUGAAUAUUGAUCCGACUCAUAUAUUAAUAUAUCCUUAUCCUCCCCUCAAUAGUCCAAUUAAUUUCAUUCCAUAUAAUAUAGAUUCAUUUACUUAUCCCCCUGAACAUGACAAUGAUUCAUAUCAUGAAUAUUCUGAUAAUAUGAAUUCUAAUGAUCCUAGUUAUACAGACGAAAACACAAAUCCUGCAUCUGGACAAAUCUCUUUUGAAACUUUAAUAAAACAACGUACUAUGGAAUUAGAACAUAAUUCUUUAACUGAGCAAAAAACAUUUUGUUUAUCUUUAUUACCAUUUCAUUAUAAAUAUUUUACAAGAUUAUAUCCUCAUGAUUCUCCAAAAUAUUUUCACUAUGUUAUUCAAUUAUUUAAUUCACAUGUACAAUCAGUUUCUGCAUUUACUGGUCAUAUUAAAUUGAAAAAGUCGAAAAAGAAAUGUGCCAUAGGUAAUGCUAACGAUUCGAAAUCUAAUAAUUAUUACAACUUAGAUGCAGAGAGUGUCGAUUCUACAUCUAGUUCAGAUAAUUCUAGUAGCACAUUAGCAAACAAUGAAUAUGAUUCAAAUGAUUAUACUACCGUUCAAGAUCUAAUAGAUAAAAUCAAGUUAGAAAUGAACCCAUAUUUAAAAAAAAGGGGAAUCAAUCCAAAACAUAAAUUUAGAUUAUUAUUUACCUUCGGACCUAAAAUUAAAUAUUUGAACAGCAACGAACCAUUAAUACAUCUGGAUUUUGUAAAAACAAAUCACAUUAAAAACGUAUAUGUAACCCCACUCCGAAUGGAGCCAGACUUUACGGAUCACCAAAAGCAAAUGCUCGAAAUGAACCAACUAAAGAUAAUUCAUGUUUUUAAUCAAACCCCGUCCAAAGAAGUUUUCGGAUACAGUUUUGACGUUUUAGUAGAGCCUAAUGAUACUAUGCUAGAAAUAAAGAACAAGAUACGAAAGAGAACAAUUUUACCGAAAUAUAUAUUUGACAAAAUAACAUUCUUUGAAUAUGAAAAUGGGCAAAGAAUUUGGAGAUCUAAUGACGAUAUUAUAAACUGGAAUAACAAGCAAUUUGCCAUUAUCAUUGGAGAACACCAUGCCCCAUCGCAAUCAAAGCCACAGAUAGGAAUGAAAAUAGCUUAG